GCCCAUAUCCACGUCACUUACAUGCGACUAUUGCUUUACUUAUUUCGUUAGCAUUAGCUCGGAAGCUGCAUCACUCCUUUUAAAAUAUGGCUGUAGAAUCGAGAGUCACACAAGAGGAAAUUAAAAAGGAACCCGAAAAGCCAGUGGACAGAGAGAAGACAUGUCCCCUUCUACUAAGGGUUUUCACCACAACUACGGGAAGGCAUCACAGGAUGGACGAGUUUAAUAGGGGCAAUGUCCCAUCCAGCGAGCUCCAGAUAUACACCUGGAUGGAUGCUACUUUAAAAGAGCUUACCAGUCUCGUGAAAGAAGUGUACCCCGACGCUAGGAAAAAAGGCACACAUUUUGGCUUUGCCAUCGUCUACCCGGACCCCCAGAGACCCGGCUAUAGAGUGAAGGAUAUUGGAACAACUGUGUCUGGCCGGAAGGGCACUGAUGAUGCCAUGACUCUACAGUCCCAGCGCUUUCAGAUUGGAGACUACCUGGAUAUCGCCAUCACCCCCCCAAACCGAGCCCCUCCCGUUCCUGGGCGCAUGAGACCGUAUUGACCCUGGUACUGGGUCAGAAUUUUUUAUUGUUUUUUUUCUACCGUUUUUCAUUUGAGAACGUAGUGGGAACAGGAAUUUAAACAGGAUAAAAAUAAUUUCUUGCUGGAAAAUACCCUGAUUUGUCCAUUGCAACUACUGUGUCUUCUGAAAUGGUGAAUUUUGAACGUUUAUAAUAAACCUAAAUAAUAAAA